UUCGAUAUACCGUUUUCCUUCAUCGUCCCAAUCUUAUAUAAUGCCUUGUUCAGGAUUCUCUCUCUCAUGCUGUCAGCCGCCUUUACUCCUCUAGAGAAGCUUUACGGCAACUAUAUUCCCAAUUCUUCUUUUGAGUACCUUCGUAUAAAAUCAACCUUCGUGGAGGUGAUGCCGCGGGACGAGAAACAAACAUUUGCACAGCCACAUUACGCACACACAUAUGAUGGAGAGACAAAAGUAAAAGGAAACACAUCUAAGGAACAAGAAUUCACGAAAGUACCUCCAUAUCGCAAAAAGUCACUGAAUGCUGAACAUACUGGCUGGGGAACCUUUACUUCUCCCUCCACCCAGCAAGAAACAGACGCGCUUCUCCUAGCGCGACGCAGCGUCACAGUCAUAGAACACCUGGAGGCAACAACCACAACCCUGCUUGCCCCAAUUAUCUGUUUACAAAUGUUGUUAGAGUGCAUAUUAAAUGUCACCUACAUGAUGUGCAUCCUGCCAGAAGACGCAAAAGAGAUUAGUUUGAAUCUGAUGUACAUUUGUGCUUCAAUGUUAAAGAUAUAUCUCUUGCUGACUGCUCCAGAAGACUACCGAAGGAUGUGUGCCAAGAUACGUAAGAAUCUUCGUCUCUGGAGUCUACAUGUCACCUCUCCCUUUCUCCAAGACAAGAUACGAGACACGCGAGGUGAGCUGGCGGAGAGCAGCAUGGCAGUGGCGGACAUGUUUGGCUUCUUUCACCUUGGACGCCAUUGCAUUCUGCCUGCGGGGAGUCUGAUGGCGACAUACUUCGUCAUCCUUCUCCAGCUUCGCCUCUCCGAGGGCAACUCGGCACAAUAUAAUGCCUUUGGUUCAAUUUUCGACAAUUUCAUUAUAAACUCCACCACACAGUGAGUGAAUAGAAGAAUAGUAGAACAGAAGAACAAAAGAAUGAAAGAAACUGCAAGAGGACAUCAGACGUACUCGUAGUAGUAACUGUAUAACUAUUUCUACCUAUCAUCCCUGUCAUGUAUUUGUCUAAUCAUUUUUUUAAAGCUCCCUACUGACAUAGCACUAACAAUUUGAUCAUUGAGUCCAUUCUAUACGUAAACCGCUCUAUUUGACACCCAUGUUCCCUCCUAUCUUUUUCUUAAGCCUCAAUUUUUCAAGAAUGAAUCCAUUAUUUCUAGAUUUGUCCUGGGUACUGAUCCUAAAAGCUUUGCUUAUGUCCCCUAUGUUAUAAUACGAGUACCAUUUGAAGACUUCUAUCAGUAUAAAAGAGAGAAGCGCGGGACACGAUGAAUGAUACAAAAUACAAAGUAAUAUAACAUAGCCCUAUUUCAAGGAUACAGGAAAAAUAAAAAAAAAAACUGACUAAAAAAGCAAAAGGCAAUAGUCGUGAAAUGGCUGGUGGCAAACAAAGGAACCUCGAGAAUUCGAUUUAUUAUUUUGCUUCAUCCCACACCAGUUUUCGAAAUCAGGUAAAUCGAUGUAGAAUAAUAGUUUCAUAAAUAAGGAGUGCAUAUUGCGGUAGACAUAAAAAAGAUUUAAAGACAUAAAAAUUUGUUUUACAGGACAUAUUCAAAGUCUAUGCACAUCCAUCUAGCUUAAAAAGAAAAAAAAUCAUUACACUAAAAGUUGUUGUAUCUCUUGCGUCUUCAUCGUUUGUUCAAAUAUUGUAACCAAGACAUUUAAAAGUCACUAUCAGAGUAAUAUUACGUUUUAAUUCAUCACUUAAUGAUGCACUCAUUGCAAAUUUUGUCUUGAUCCCGUUAACUUAAAGUUGGUGUUUUUUCUAUGAAAGUAAGGAUUUUUUUAUCUAUAGGGGGUUAUCAAUUAUAUUUAGGCCCUCCAUAA